AGGACAUGACAGUUUCUAAUUCACCUGAGUCAAUAUAUGCUUUGUACACAGACAGAGUCACUGGUGUCCAUGAGUAUUUUUGCGCACCUUUAAGCAGCUGGUUGCCUAUGUGUAUGUGUGUGUGUUAUUUUUAUUAUUAUACUAUUAUUAUUAUUCUUAGGGGAUAAGAGGUGGAUGAAGAACACUCACUCCUCGGUUCCUUCAUGGCGAGAAGACUUAAUAAUGUGCGCCUAGAAUGGCUGUGGCUCCUACACCGACCACCCAGGGACCGGUAUGGCGUUUAGCCGCAUCAGUAAAUUGGACCCCCCGUCCCGAGGCAUCUUCAGGAAAGCGGCGGUCAUGCUGUGCUCCCUCCUCACCUCACUUCUCCUCGUGCACUGCCUCGCGGACCGCUGCAUCCCCACCUCACCCCCACCGGCCAAAGCGUCCUCCAGCCGGGCCGGGGGUCUUGUUCUCCGGGACUCGGGUUCGGUUCGGACUAAGAGACUGGUGUACGAAUGGACCUCCGGCUCGGGGCUCGUGAGGCGCUCCUCGCGGGAUGAGCGCGCGCGUCUAGAGGACUCUCUCAUCCUUCCGCCUCCGGAUUUAGUUUCUUCCAGGAAAGUGUCGCCCAGGUUUGCAGGUAAACUCAGUCCUCUAGGGGAGGGAAGCAAGAAGCUGCCCCAGGCUCUUAUUAUCGGGGUGAAGAAGGGAGGGACGCGGGCUCUGCUGGAGUUUCUGCGGGUUCAUCCGGACAUCAGAGCCGUGGGAGCGGAGCCGCACUUCUUCGACCGCAACUACGACAACGGACUAGAGUGGUACAGAGACCUGAUGCCUAAGACACUGGAGGGCCAGAUCACCAUGGAGAAAACUCCCAGUUACUUCGUGACCAGAGAGGCUCCAGCCAGGAUUUCAGCCAUGUCCCGGGACACCAAGCUGAUCGUGGUAGUGAGGGACCCGGUCACCAGAGCUAUCUCAGACUACACACAGACGCUGUCUAAGAAGCCUGACAUUCCCUCUUUUGAGAGCCUCACCUUCAAAAACAGGACUACGGGGCUCAUCGACACCUCAUGGAGCGCCAUCCAGAUCGGCAUCUAUGCCAAACACCUGGACAACUGGCUGCAGUACUUCCCCAUGGACCAGAUCCUGUUUGUGAGCGGCGAGCGUCUAAUCAGCGACCCGGCCGGAGAGCUGGGCCGAGUGCAGGACUUUCUGGGACUCAAGAGGAUCAUCACAGACAAACACUUUUACUUUAACCAGACCAAGGGAUUCCCAUGCCUCAAGAAGGCAGAGGGGAGCAGCAAGCCCCACUGCCUGGGCAAAACCAAAGGGCGGACCCAUCCCAACAUUGACCCUGAGGUGGUGCAGAGGCUACGGGACUUCUACAGGCCUUUCAACAUGAAGUUCUACCAGAUGACAGGGAGGAUUUUUGGCUGGGAUGAUUGAAUGUGUUAGUUUUCUAUCACUUAUAGUUCAAUGGGGUACUACGACUAAUGCCACUGAUGAUAUCAGCUGGAAUCAAUUAAAAAUUUCCCAGGGAUCAGAUUCUACUAGUAUGAUCUUUGAUGAGCCAAGGUGAUACUAUGGUUCAACCACACAGAUCGCACACUGGUUAAGCCAGAAUUAUCGCUAUAUUAACCCAUAAAGACCCAGCACUACUUUCGUGGCAGUUCCCAGAUAAUUUUGUCCAUAUA